AUGUUGUUCCUCAAGUACUCAGCCGUCGUUGCUGCUUUUGCUCUUUACGGGCAGACUAGCGCUGGGCCUUGCAAGCCCGUCACUCGUGCUACGAGCUCAGACUUGGAAACCUCCAGCACGGUUACGAAUGAAGCUUCGUCAACUGUGACGAACUCACUCUCGGCUGAGACCUCGGCAACGGUCGAAACUUCUUCGGUUGCUACGUCGGUUGAGAGCUCGGCGACUACCUUUUCGUCUGAGGCCUCAACCACUGCUGGCGAUUCUUCGACCCUGUUCACCUCCACCGCGACGCUUGACGCAACGACCACCGAGUUUGUCUCUACCAGCACCGAUGUCUCUACAACAGCGACUGCGACGACUUCUGCUGCGCCGGUGUGCGAGUUCACGGGGGUUUACACCAACUACGUCAAGAACCCGUCUUUCGAUAAUCUAGACGGCAACGGAGACCCAACAGUCGACCCGUGGAUCUUGCUCGGUGUCUCAACUCUAACCACCAAUUUCCCCAGAACAGGAGCCCGGUCUAUGGCAUACUCUUACCCCGACGCCGCGGUCGGAGGAAGUUCAUCCAUCCUUCAAGAACUAACUAACACCGUCGCCGGACAAGAAUACGUCUUUAAAUUCCACUAUGCGCUCAUUGAAGGCCAGCCUCUUGAAUCAGAGGAAUGCAGAAUCGGUACAUUCGCUGGUUCGGGGGGCGCAAACCGACUGUUUCUUGCUGUCGAUGGCGAUCAGGCAAUUGUGCAGGAUCAGUAUUACGAGCAGGAGUAUCGUAUUACUGCUGAGAAUGAUAACCAGAGGUUGUCGAUUGGGUUCUUCUGUACAAGCCAGCCGUCAGCGGGAACGGUCAAGAUUCAGAUCGAUGAUGUUUCGGUUUAUGACUACUAUGAGGGCUGUGAAAGUCCUUGA